AUGGCGAGGGAGAGUCUAAUUCCAGUUGUUAUUGGGGUAGGGGAUAUUAAGAACGGGUCAAGAAAACUUGAGGAUGCAAUUGAGCCUGCAUAUUUAAUGCUUAAUGCAAUUUACAAGGCAAUUGCUGAUACAGGCCUUUCCCCUGAGGUGUCCAAGGAACUUCAAUCAAGUAUAGACAGCUUGGAUGUUGUUGCUUCUUGGACUUGGCCUUAUCCGGACCUCCCCACCCUUCUGUCAAAUAAACUGGACAUUCAACCUCAGCACAAAUUCUAUAGCCACCAUGCAGGCAAUGCGCCAGGUAAAUUAUUCGACGAAGCUGCUCGGCGUUUAUCACAGGGAAAGAGCAAGGUAGCAGUGGUGACUGGGGGAGAAGCCUUAGCAUCAUUGGAUGCAUUUGCGCGUGCGGGAAAGCUUGCGCCGUCAACUUGGACAAAGCCUGCAAAAGAAGUGACUGAGGUAUUUCAGCCAAAGGGAUCAAAAAGGGAAGAAAAUAUUGGAACUAUACACUCUGUCGGGUUACCCCUACACGUUUAUCCAAUGUAUGAGAAUGGACUUAGAGCAUAUAGAAAACAAUCAAUGCAGGAGAACAUGAAAGAGUCCGCUGAAUUAUAUGCCGAAUUCUCCAGAAUUGCUGAAAAGAAUCCUCUCUCUUGGAAUUUUGGAAAGCCUGCAGAAACAGAACAAUCUCUGAGUACUGUUACUGAGAGAAAUAGGAUGAUCUGUUACCCUUACCCGCUAUUGAUGAAUGCUUUUAAUACCGUUAAUUUGGCUGCGGCGUGCAUUCUAACAACAACGGAUACUGCUCGUCAGCUCGGCGUGUCCGAGGACAGAUGGAUCUACCCAUUGGGCGGUGCAGGUACCAGAGACAGCAAUAAUUUCUGGGAAAGACCGAACUUCUACUCCAGCCCAUCGAUUUCUAAGUCAAUAGAUGCAGCUUUAAUUUCCUCCGGGUUGAGUAAAGAAGAUGUGGACCUGUUUGACUUCUACUCCUGCUUUCCCAUUGUUCCAAAACUUGCUGCGCUCCAUCUAGGCUUACCCGUCAAUGGAUCGAAACCUGUCACCCUCCUAGGUGGAUUGACUUCCUUUGGGGGAGCAGGAAACAACUAUUCUAUGCAUGCUAUAACUGAGAUGGUGCGGCAACUAAGAAAAUAUACGGGAACUCCUAGAUAUGGCCUGAUCCUCGCAAAUGGCGGCGUGCUAACUUACCAACAUGCUAUUUGCCUCUCGUCUAUUCCUAGAAAAGAUGGUGCUCCCUACCCAGUUGAAAAUCCUCUCCCUGAGGAAGUGACAGACGUUGCGAUUCCAGUUGUUGAUGCUCAAGCAGAGGGCGAAGCAAUAAUAGAGACGUACACUGUUGAGUUUAACCGGGAUGGGAGUCCGAUGUGCGCAUAUAUCAUCGGUCUCUUGAAGAACAAUGGCCAUAGAUUUAUCGCGAAUCAUGCGGAUGGUUUAACCUUGGAUGAAUUGUCGAAUCCCAUCACGGAGCCGAUUGGAAGAACUGGUUAUGUUACCAAAGACCCUGAUGAGGCAGGAAGGAAUCUAUUUUCUUUGAGAUCACCUAACAAGCUCUGA